AGUCGGUUCUUGUUAGAUUUAAGGCUGGGUCGGGGGAUUCAAAUCCCUGGAGUUGGAGGAAAUGGGCAGAGUCUGAAUCACCGGCGCUCAUUACCGAGCAGCGCCUCCAAACACCAAAACAACUCGAGCUUCGGGAGAAAGUGGAGUCAGCAUCGCUCGCAGUCCGUUCAGGAAAGUGCAGCAAAUCUACGCUGAGAUCUGAGAGGCCGAGCACGUCGGAAAAAAGGAGCAGGCAGUCGCUUCCUUUUGUGUCCCACCGAGGGCCGUUUCAAAGCACACUGUCUGGUGUUUUACUAAUCAAGAGAAGCAAAUUAUUUAGCCCCAAUGAAGAGUCGGCUUUGUCGUUAAACUCCUCCGAUGUUCCUCGAUUGCUGUUGUGAUUGCUCCUGGAUUCUUGGACCCUUUACUUUGGCUGGAAAUCCAUUGAUUGUUUUCUACUCCAGCACAUUGGCGGUGGAUGUGCCAGCUCGCUGGCUCCAUUCUUUCUGGCCCAAUCUUAACUUGCUUAAUGGAUGACCACAAGACGGAAAGACAAAACCAGCAACUCAAACACAAAGCCUCCAAGUUGGGACGGAUGAUUUUUCUUGCCGCCUCCAGCUGCACUGAUCCCAAAUGAAAUGUGAACGUCAACAACAAUUUGCUGCAAUUACUCACAUCGCCAACUGCUGAAGAUUAUUGCUGUUGAAUCCCCAUGGUUGAUGAACACUGAAUCUGCACUGGACUUGAACCCCUGGUCUCUGGUUUCCCACCUCCGCUACCAAGCACACUGCCAGCUACAGCAAACAAAUGUCUGCUAGUCCUCGCAGCUGAGAGGCCAUUGCCCAAAGAAAGGCGUACGAUGCCCUUCCCGAUCUGCCGCCAUCCUGAGGAUCCUUACUGCACAGGCCAGAGGUAACUUUGUGACAAUCUUCUGAGCCGGAAAGUUCUUUUUUUUUUUUUUUUUUUUUUAAACUUUCUGUGUCAACUAUGGGGAUGGGAAUACAGCUGUUCCUUCUCCUGGCACUGUUGGUGGUAACUCGGCUGCAGGCGGUUAGCUUUCCUGAAGAUGAUGAACCCAUUGACACCAUAGACUAUCACUAUUCAAGGCAAUAUCCAGUAUUUAGAGGACGCCCUUCGGGCAAUGAAUCUCAGCAUCGGCUGGACUUUCAGCUGAUGAUGAAAAUCCAAGACACACUGUUCAUCGCUGGCAGGGACCAGGUGUAUUCUGUAAGCUUACAGGAGUCCCACAAGAAUGAAAUUGUCCCAUACAGGAAAUUAACAUGGAGAUCGAGGCAGGCAGACAGAGAGAACUGUGCCAUGAAAGGAAAACACAAGGAUGAAUGCCACAAUUUCAUCAAAGUAUUUGUUCCAAGGAAUGAUGAUCUAGUGUUUAUCUGUGGCACAAAUGCCUUUAAUCCAAUGUGCCGCUAUUACAGAUUGGACAACUUGGAAUAUGAUGGUGAAGAAAUCAGCGGCCUGGCGAGGUGCCCGUUUGAUGCUAGACAGACCAAUGUUGCCCUCUUUGCGGAUGGUAAGCUGUACUCGGCCACUGUGGCAGAUUUCCUGGCAAGUGACGCUGUCAUAUACCGCAGCAUGGGAGACGGGUCUGCGCUGAGAACAAUAAAAUAUGACUCCAAGUGGCUGAAAGAGCCACACUUCCUGCAUGCAGUGGAAUAUGGAAACUAUGUAUAUUUCUUCUUCAGAGAAAUUGCCAUUGAGCACACCAAUCUAGGGAAGGCAGUCUAUUCCCGAGUAGCACGCAUUUGUAAAAACGACAUAGGUGGGUCGCAGCGAGUGCUGGAAAAACACUGGACCUCGUUCCUGAAAGCCCGUCUGAACUGCUCGGUCCCUGGAGAUUCAUUUUUCUACUUUGACGUCUUGCAGUCCAUCACGGACAUCAUUGAUAUUAACGGCGCUCCGACUGUGGUUGGAGUGUUCACCACACAACUCAACAGCAUUCCUGGAUCGGCUGUGUGUGCCUUCAGUAUGAACGACAUUGAAAAAGUGUUCAGCAGUAGAUUCAAAGAGCAAAAGACUCCCGAUUCUGUUUGGACUGCUGUUCCUGAAGACAAAGUGCCAAAGCCGAGGCCUGGCUGCUGUGCAGGGCAUGGUCUGGCAGAGACUUACAAAACCUCUAUUGAGUUUCCUGAUGAAACCCUAGCCUUCAUCAAAUCCCACCCUUUGAUGGAUUCUGCCAUUCCUUCAGUCCGAGAGGAGCCCUGGUUCACAAAGACUCGUGUCAGGUACAGGCUCACCGCCAUCACAGUGGACAAUUCAGCAGGCCCUUAUCAGAACUACACCGUCAUGUUUAUCGGCUCCGAAGCUGGCAUAGUCCUCAAAGUUCUGGCAAAGACUGCAUCCUUUUCGUUGAACGACAGCGUUUUCCUGGAAGCAAUUGACGCCUUUAACCCUGCAAAGUGUAUAUCAAACAGCGAGGAUGACCGCAGGAUCAUGUCGCUGCAGCUGGACAAAGAAAACCAUGCUUUGUUUGUUGCCUUUUCUAGCUGUGUCAUCAGGAUGCCAUUAAGUCGAUGUGAACGCCACGGCUCUUGUCAGAAGUCUUGUAUUGCAUGUCGUGAUCCAUACUGCGGAUGGAUGAUAAAUGGCUCAUGUGAAAAAGUACCUGUUGGAGCAUUCACUGGUUUUGAACAAGAUGUGGAAUACGGCAACACAGUGCAACUUGGAGACUGUCAGGAAAUUCUGGCUACUACAGCUACGCCAGAUUACAAAACAUUUGGCGGCCCAACAUCUGACAUGAAGUUUUCCUCGCCCCCUGUAACCACAUCUGGCCAUAAAGUUUCUGCCAAAGUCAUUGAUUCUCAGAAAACAUUACUGAUUAGUUCACGGAAAUUUGUGCACCAAGAUGAUCCAGAUACCCCUGAUCUUUUCAAUCCUUUAUCAGGUAUCCCAAAGGGUGUAUGGGAGGUCCAGUCCGGAGAGUCAAACCAAAUGGUUCACAUGAAUGUUCUGAUCACCUGCGUUUUUGCAGCCUUCCUGUUGGGAGCUUUUAUUGCUGGUGUGCUCGUGUACUGCUACCGCGAUGCAUUCCUGAGAAAAUCACGGAAAAUCCACAAAGAUGCAGAGUCUGCUCAAUCCUGCACAGAUUCGACCGGAAGCUUUGCAAAAUUAAACGGAUUAUUUGACAGUCCCGUAAAGGAGUACCAGCAUAACAUUGACCCGCCAAAGUUGUACACCGACAUUUUGACCAAUGGGAAGGAUGGACCCCCUAAUGGAGAUACUAAGACCAUGAUGCUGAGCUGUCAUGGUCAGCCUCCAGAUUUAGCAGCACUUCCAACUCCAGAAUCAACUCCAGUUCUUCAACAGAAGAGCCUUCAGCCUGUCAAGAGUCAAUGGGAAAAGCCGCACCCUAAACUGAAUGGCUCGCGAAAGGAAUCGCCUCUGAAAAGUCCCCAGUUUUUUCCAUCCAGCCCCCCUCCUCAUUCUCCUCUUGGACACCCUCAAAUUCCAAGCGCUGUGGUUCUUCCUAAUGCCACCCACGACUACCGCGCUUCCUUUGCAAAUGUGGAUGCUCACCGAUCCGAACGGAGAAUGCAGAAUAUCGAUCACCCUGUGGUUGUAAAAUCAAGCAAAAAAGAGCAUCGACGAUCAGUGGACGCAAGAAAUACGCUUAAUGACCUGCUCAAGCAUUUAAACGAGGCCAACGGCAACCCCAAGGCUAUUCUGGCAGAUCCUGCUAUGGCUCGUCAGAACAUGAUGUUGGAUCAGAUAAACAUGUCUGAGAUACCACCAAAAGUUCCCAGCAGAGAAGCUUCCCUCUAUUCUCCCUCCUCAACACUUCCAAGGAACAGUCCAACUAAAAGGGUGGAUGUGCCCAGUACUCCUACAACACCAACAGUACCAAUGAACACUUUAGAAAGACAGAGGGGCUACCAUAAAAAUUCACAAAGGCAUUCAAUAUCUGCCCUGCCGAAAAAUAUGAACUCUCCAAAUGGAGUCAUGAUAUCGAGGCAGCCCAGUAUGAACAGAGGUGGCUAUGUGCCACCUACACCGCCCUCCAGGUUGGACUCGCAUGGAGCACCUGUUGGUGUCCAUCAGCAACCUUCAAUAUCCCGACAGAGUAGCUACACGGGACAGGGUUCCCUCCCGCGUACAGGAGUCAAGAGGACACCCUCCAUAAAGCCUGAUGUCCCCCCAAAACCCAAUGGGUUCGUUCCUCAGACUUCUUCCAUAAGGCCAGUAAACAAAUAUGGCUACUAAAGUGUGAGCUUGUUCGCUUGGUGAAAACAAACAAACAAACAAACAAAAAAAAUGGCCUGGUGCUUUCAGGUUGCCUGAAAGUUUUUGCUCAUGUUUGUUGAUUAAAAAAGAAAACAAAGAAGAAGAAGAGCAAAAAACAAACAGCACUGUAGUAGCAGAAGCAGGAGAAACAAAUGGCCAAAACUGCCGAUUUGGCCGACUUCUCCACCUCUGCUUUGUCUGUGAACCUUUGCCAAACAGGCAGGACAAUGCUACGUUAAGGUUUAAA